AUGUCCGAGAGAAUAAAAAAGAGUUUUGUCAAUACUGAUAUAGAACCCAUAUAUAUCGGCGGUUGCAAUGCUACAAUCUCGUACGAUGGGACCAUCAUGGCCACCGCCGUGAUGGAGGACAUCAUAGUGACUAACAUCGAGACCCAGGAAAUUGUUCAUAGUCUUGAGGGUGAUGGUGAACUGUUGACUGUGCUUCAGAUUACACCUGAUGGAAAAUAUCUGGCGAUCGUGUCACGCUCUCAGCAACUCAAAAUAUUCAACCUGGAGACAUCCAAGUUCGAGAGAAGUUUCAAGCUCAGCUCUCCAGUGUACAUAUCCUCUGCUGAUCCCACCUCUUCGCUGUUUGCAUUCGGCGGUUCUGACGGAAGCGUCACAGUUUGGGAUAUUUCAGGCGGUUACGUGACACAUUCUUUCAAAGGUCACGGAACCACCGUAUGUUCGCUAGCUUUCCACGGUGAUUUGAACACCAAGAACUGGAAGCUGGCCAGUGGUGAUAUCAUGGGUUCCGUCAGAAUAUGGGAUCUCGUUAAAAGAAAGUGUCUAAAGACUUUGAAUGAACACUCCGGUGCUGCCAGAGGAGUGGGAUUCAACCAAUCAGGCGAAGUCUUCGUCUCUGGUGGUCGUGACAACCUGUACAUUCUAUGGAACACCGAGAGCUGGAAGGAGAUCAAGACGGUUUCAGCCGGCCACCAGAUUGAAAAAGCCGGAUUUACAACGGCCUUGGAUGGCUCAGAGUUACUAUACACUGCUGGAGGAGACAGUUCUUUCAAACUAUGGGACAUAAAGUCAGAUGCCGUGUUGGCUCAACACGCACCACCUUUGAAGACCAACGAAGAGCUAAUCAUCACGGACGUGAUAUUGACGGAAACUGAAAAGGCUAUGUUGGUGCUUUCAGAUCAGACCAUUUGCGAUGUUUCGCUAUAUCUGGACGAAGAUGAUAGUUCUUAUUUGCCUGUGAAUAGGAUAAUCGCAGGUAACCACGGAACUAUUGCAGAUAUGAGAUUUGUUGGAUCUGAGUUCAACAUGCUGGCACUGGCCACAAACUCCCCAUCUGUUCGUAUUGUGGAUCUGGAAAGACCAUUGGAAAUGAGUCUUCACGAAGGACAUACUGAUCUGCUGAAUGCUGUUGAUGCUUCUCGUGAUGGUAAAUGGUUUGCCACUGCUAGCAAAGACGACACUGCCAGACUAUGGAGAUGGAAUGACGACUCUGAAUCCUUCGAGUGCUAUGCUGUUAUGAGUGGUCAUGCUGGCUCUGUGACUGCAGUUGCACUUCCAACACAGCUCAACAACGGAUAUCCUCAUUUUGUUCUCACAGCCUCUGCAGAUCUCACAGUCAAGAGUUGGAGCAUACCGAGCCCGGAACGCAAGAAUACCGAUGGACCUGUUGAAAUCAAGCUUGCAAAAUACACCCGAAAAGCACACGAAAAAGAUAUCAACUCCAUCACUGUCUCACCAGCGAACGAACUUUUCAUAACUGCUAGUUAUGACAAAACAGCAAAGGUAUGGGACUUGGAGUCGGGUGAGACAAUUGGAAUACUUAAGGGCCAUAAAAGAGGCCUAUGGAAUGCCAGAGUAAGUUUCUGGGACAAACUGGUAGCCACAGCUUCUGGUGAUAAAACAAUCAAGCUAUGGUCUUUGGAGGACUUCACAUGCAAAAAGACGUUUGAAGGACACACCAAUGCUGUUCAAAGAGUGGAAUUCAUAGAUAAGGGCAGGUUCCUCCUUUCUGCCGGAGCAGAUGGCCUGGUCAAGAUCUGGGAUAUCAGCUCUGGCGAAUGUGUGAACACGCUGAAUAACCACGACAAUCGUCUCUGGGCCCUUUGUGUCAAAGACGAUGGAAAACAGAUCAUCUCCGCAGAUGCUGAUGGUGCUAUCACCAUCUGGGACGAUAACACAGAAGAGGCCCUUGCCGAACAGGAAGAGAAGGAUAAGGUCAAAGUGGAGCAGGAGCAAUCUCUCAGAAACUACAUUAGUGACGAGGAUUGGUCUAACGCAUUUUUGUUAGCAUUGACCCUGGAUCAUCCAAUGAGAUUGUACAACGUGGUCAAGGCCUCUAUCAAUGCUGGUGCUGAUAAGGAUUCCUCCCUGGGCUCUUUCAAGCUGGAGAAGUGCAUUGCAUCUUUGGAGAGCACCCAAUUGCUCCAGCUGUUUAAGAGGAUCAGGGACUGGAAUACUAACGCAAAGUUCUUCGAGAUCGCACAGAAACUGAUCAAUACCGUGUUCCGUAUCUUUGAUAUCGAGAAGUUAUCUCAGAUCCAAGGAAUGAUGUCUCUGAUUGACGCCAUCACACCCUAUAGCGAGCGCCAUUUUGCGAGAUUGGAUGAUCUGAUUGAGCAGACAUAUAUUCUGGACUAUGCUUUGAAGGAAAUGGAUAAACUGACCGCCGCCUGA